AUCUGGAGGUUUCACUCAUUCCUGCCCCGUCUGAGCUUCGGGAAGGAAGGAGAGGCGGGCACCGCAGGAUUUGCUGGGCUGGGGACCCCAGGAGACGCCAGGCGUGCCCGCCAGAGAGCUGGGCGGCUGGAGAAAGCAACUUGGGAGUGAUCCCUGCCUUUGCCCGAGAGGCAGAUCCAGAAGGGGAGUGAGUAGGGGGGGGUCCUACCCCCAAAGCAGGGGAGUGGGCAAGUUUGGACAGCGGCUCUGGAUAAACAUGGGGUGCCCAGCUUGUGUGUGAGCCCCGCCGGCUGCAUGCCACCACUCGGUGGGUCGCUGCCUAGGAAGGAAUUUGGGGAAGGGGAGGAAUUAAAGAGUUGGGGGUCUCUCUCUGUACCCCUUGCAAGAACUAGGAAUCUGGGGAGGUCUCUAGAGUCAGAUAAAGGAAGGAGUGUGGGUGGGCCGCAGGGGCCCAGUUGGUGCCCCAUGGAGGGUGUGAUGCUGGCGUGGGCACUGCUGGCCGUCUUGACUCAGUGGGAUCGGGCCGACGGGGCCAACCUCAUCCUGGCUGUCAUCCUGCCACACCACAACACCACCUACCCGUGGGCCUGGCCACGGGUCGGCCCGGCCAUCGAGCUGGCCAUCCAGAAGGUGAACGCCCAGCCUGACCUCUUGCCGGGCUACACAGUGCAGCUGGUUUUCUCCAGCAGCGAAGACAGUCAAGGGAUUUGUUCGGACAUUACGGCCCCGCUGGCCGCCGUGGACCUGAAGAUGGCCAACAACCCCCCUCACGUCUUCGUGGGACCGGGCUGCGUCUACACCACGGCGCCCGUGGCCCGCUACGCCAGACAUUGGGGCCUGCCCGUGGUGACGGCGGCGGCCGAGGCCGUCGGCUUCAACCUCAAGGAAGACCAGUAUGCUUUGGUGACCCGCACGGGAGCCAGCCACAGCAAGCUGGGCGAGUUCGGAGUCAGCCUCAGCCAGCAUUUCAACUGGAGUAGCCGGGCUAUGUUGCUCUACUGGGAGAACAAUAAGGACGACCGUCCGUGUUACUUCGCCGUCGAGGGUCUCUACCUCCAACUGCCAUCCUUCCACAACAUGACGAUCAAAGACGUCACUUUCAUGGACACCAAUUACACCGACCUCAUCCAGGAGAUCAAGGAGAAAGCUCGGAUUGUGUACGUCUGUUGCGCGCCCGACAUCUUCCGCGGGCUGAUGCUCCAGGCGCACCGCGAAGGCCUGACCGCCGGCGAAUACGCCUUCUUCUACAUCGAUCUCUUCGGUACCACCCUCCGGAGCUCCCGAUUUCCCGACGGGACACUUCCUUGGCGACGCGGAGAUGGGAACGACGGGGCGGCCCGCGAGGCCUACAAGGCUGUCAUGCUCCUCACUUACGCCGAACCCCAAAAUCCUGAAUACCGUCAGUUUCUCCAGUACAUCAAACGUACCUCCCAGGAGCAGUUUAACUUCACCGUGGAAGACGGACUGGAAAAUUUCAUCGCGGGGGCUUUUCACGACGGGGUGAUGCUUUACGCCCAGGCGGUAAACGAGACGUUGGCGCAGGGCGGCUUUCCCGCCAAUGGCACGGCCAUCACACUCCAAAUGCGUAACCGGACUUUAUACGGAAUCACGGGGGCCAUGCGGAUCGACCAGAAUGGGGAUCGGGAAAUGGAUCACUCCCUCUGGGAUUUAGAUCCGGCCAGGGGAGAGUUUGAGCUCGUGGCCAAUUACAACGGGACCACCAAAAAGAUCGAAAUGAUCCCUGGGAAAAGGAUCCACUGGCCAGGCAACACCAUACCGAGAGACGUGCCCUUUUGCGGAUUUGAGAAUGACAAUCCUCUUUGUCAGAAAGCUUCUUUCUCCUUGCUGGAGAUCUUGUCGCUUGUGAUGACUUUGCUCCUCUUCGGCAUCAUCGUCACGGCUUUCUUUGCCUACCGGAAAAUGAAGUUGGAAAAGGAGUUGGCUUCCGAAUUUUGGCGUGUCAGCUGGGAGGACGUGCAGUCGAGCAACCUGGAGAAAAACUUACGCAGCAUGGGGAGCAAAGUCACGCUCUCGCUGAGAGGUUCAAAUUACGGAUCUUUGCUAACCACCGAAGGACAAUUCCAGGUUUACGCCAAGACCGCUUAUUACAAAGGGAACCUUGUGGCCGUGAAGCACAUGAACCGGAAGCGCAUUGAUCUAACACGAGAUGUUUUGUUUGAGCUGAAACACAUGAGAGACGUCCAGAACAAGCAUCUGACUCGUUUCAUCGGCGCCUGCAUUGACCCCCCGAAUAUCUGCGUCUUGACGGAGUAUUGCACUCGGGGGAGCCUGCAGGACAUCCUGGAGAAUGACAACAUUACCUUGGACUGGAUGUUCCGCUAUUCGCUCACCAACGACAUCAUCAAGGGGAUGCUUUUCCUGCACCACAGCGUGAUCGCCUACCACGGCAACCUGAAGUCGUCCAACUGCGUGGUCGACAGCCGUUUUGUGCUGAAGAUCACCGAUUACGGGCUGGAGAGCUUCCGCCAGGCGCCCGAGACGGACGAUUCACACGCCCUCUUUGCCAAGAGACUCUGGACGGCUCCCGAACUCUUGAGGUUGGGCACCAAUGCCUGUCCGGGUACUCAAAAAGGAGACGUCUACAGCUUUGGCAUCAUUUUGCAAGAAAUUGCCCUACGCAACAGCGUCUUCUAUGUGGAAGGGGUGGAUCUGAGUCCCAAAGAGAUUAUCAAGCGCGUCGCGAGCGGCGAACAACCUCCCUUUCGCCCCUCGACCAAUCUGCCCUCCAAUUUGGAGGAGGUGGUCCAUCUCAUGCAGAGGUGCUGGGCUGAGGACCCACAGGAGCGGCCAGAUUUUCAACACAUCAAAGGCAUGCUGCGGAAGUUCAACAGGGAAAACAGCUGCAACCUCUUGGAUACGCUGCUGUCGCGGAUGGAGCAGUACGCCAACAAUUUGGAAGAACUGGUAGAGGAACGGACACAGGCCUACCUGGAGGAGAAGCGCAAAGCCGAGGCCCUCCUGUACCAGAUUUUACCUCACUCGGUGGCCGAGCAGCUGAAACGGGGGGAGACGGUGCAGGCGGAGGCCUUCGACAGCGUCACCAUCUACUUCAGCGACAUUGUGGGGUUCACCGCCUUGUCGGCAGAGAGUACCCCCAUGCAGGUGGUGGCUUUGCUGAAUGACUUAUACACCUGUUUUGAUGCAAUCAUUGAUAACUUUGAUGUCUACAAGGUGGAGACAAUCGGGGACGCCUACAUGGUGGUGUCCGGAUUACCGGUUCGCAAUGGCCGAUUGCACGCCCGCGAGAUUUCCCGCAUGUCCCUGGCCCUCCUGGAAGCCGUUCGCAACUUCAAAAUUCACCACCGGCCUGAAGAACAACUCAAACUGCGGAUUGGCAUCCAUAGCGGUCCAGUCUGCGCAGGAGUUGUAGGCUUGAAGAUGCCUCGUUACUGUCUCUUUGGAGACACUGUCAACACGGCUUCACGCAUGGAAUCCAACGGUGAAGCAUUGAAAAUCCACUUAUCGGCGGCCACCAAAACCAUCCUUGAGGAGUUUGGGUGCUUCGAACUGGACCUCCGAGGAGACAUAGAGAUGAAGGGCAAGGGGAAACUCCGGACGUACUGGUUGAUGGGUGAAAGGGUCAGCAGUACCCGAGGAUGAUGAGAAGAUGGAGAAGACGCUUACUCCUGCUUCCUUCAAGGACAUCUUAGCUGAGGCACCCAACCGAGACUGUCUUCGAAGAACCUAUUGGCUUGGAGUUAAGGGCACCACCAAUGGACGUCAGAGGACUAUCCUUGCUCCCCUGCCCCAUUUCCUUUCGCUUCUUCAUCACCCCGCAAAUCUGGUCCCCAGGGUCCUAAGGUUGGGUAGAUCAGAAGAUGAUGAUCAGGAAGACACCAUCUUCUCUACCUUCAUGAUGGGAAGUUCUGGAGAAGUUGGCUUAAGCUCCAUCACUUUUACAGGCCACCUCCUCAUCUUUUCUGGGGAUGUUGGACAAUUGGAACUUCUGUGGUUGAGUCGGCGUGGCAAUUAAGGGAGGCCCGGACCCUACACAACUCUUGUGACAGUGAGCUCUACACGGAGACACAACCCUGUUGCGGGUUCCCGGAAGCUGCAGAUUUUACAAUAAACGGAAUGUAUUAAGUCAA